AUGAACUCUAAACCGGAUAGAAGUCUAACUGAGGAACAGUCCCUUGAAUAUUAUAGGGAUAUAGAUGACUCAGUAAAUGGUAACAUAAAUUUAGAGGAUAAUAAUUCGGACUACUUCAAAUUUCAGGGUAAGAAAUAUGAUGAACAAGCUGCAGAAAAAGGCAGCAUGGACAGCCUGAACAGCCUGAACAGUAAGAACAACCUGAACAGUAAGAACAGCCUGAACAGCAAGAACAACAUGAACAACAAGAACAACAUGAACAACAAGAACAACCUGAACGUUCAGGUAAAUUUUGAAGAAAGUUUAAUAAACGAAUUUUAUUUGAAUAACUCUAAAACGAAUUCGUCUGACCAUUAUAAACACGAAAUGAACAAGGAAAUGGAAAAAAAAAGUAAUUUUAAUAAUUUGGAUGAAGAUUUGAAAAAUAAACAAAAUAUAUUAAAAAGUAUUGAAGAUAAUGAAGAAGGAAAGGAAAUGAAAAUGAGUAAAGAGAGUGUGUAUAGCAGUGUGAUCAAUGUAGAUGAUCCUAUUAAUAAGGUAUAUGAAAAUACGAACCAGGGUACACAAGAUAUUAUAAAUGUCAUUCAAAGAAAUGAUAUUUCUAGUGAAAACGCAUUUGUGAAUAAUGCAAAUAAAAAGUUCAAUUAUGAGGAUAGAAUCCACAUGUACAGCGAAUGCGAUGGAGGUGAGCGCAGUAACGAUGAUGAUGGUAGACACGGCAAUGGAAAUGGUAAUAGGCACAAAGGUGAGAAUGAAGAUAGGCACGAAGGUGAGAAUGAAGAUAGGCACGAAGGUGAGAAUGAAGAUAGGCACGAAGGUGAGAAUGAAGAUAGGCACUAUGAUAGCGAUAAAGGUAAACACGACGAUAGUGACAGAGUCAUGCAGAGUAACAAUGCAUGUGAUAAUAAUAACAACAGCACACGAAUCAAUUACAACCAGCCCGUUCUGAUUAUACAUAAUUACGAUAGAACAGAGAAUAAGGAUAAGGAUAAGGAUAUGGAUAUAGAUAAGGAUAUGGAUAUAGAUAAAGAUAUGGAUAUAGAUAAGGAUUUGCAUAUAUAUAAGGAUUUGCAUAUAGAUAAGGAUAUGGAUAUAGAUAAGGAUUUGCAUAUAGAUAAGGAUUUGCAUAUAGAUAAGGAUUUGCAUAUAGAUAAGGAUAUGGAUAUAGAUAAGGAUUUGCAUAUAGAUAAGGAUAUGGAUAUAGAUAAGGAUUUGCAUAUAUAUAAGGAUUUGCAUAUAGAUAAGGAUUUGCAUAUAGAUAAGGAUUUGCAUAUAGAUAAGGAUAUGGAUAUAGAUAAGGAUUUGCAUAUAAUAAGGAUUGAUAUGGAUAUAGAUAAGGAUUUGCAUAUAUAUAAGGAUUUGCAUAUAGAUAAGGAUAUGGAUAUAGAUAAGGAUUUGCAUAUAGAUAAGGAUUUGCAUAUAGAUAAGGAUUUGCAUAUAGAUAAGGAUUUGCAUAUAGAUAAGGAUUUGCAUAUAGAUAAGGAUUUGCAUAUAUAUAAAGACAUGGAUAUGGAUAUGGAAAAACGGCGAAAAAGUGGAGCAAACGAAAAUACAAAAAACAGUGUAGAGUUUCACAAAAUUAAGAACAAAGAAUUAGCAAAAGGAAAGAAAAGUAAAGGGAAAAACAAAAAUAAAUAUAAAAACAAAUUUUUCCUUUUAUUUAAAAAAAAAGUUUCUCCUAAUACAAUUUUGCAGGACAGAGAAAAUAUAAACAAUGAGAAUGCGUCUGAUAAUGCGGAACUUAAGGGAAAAAGUAAAAAUGACGAUGUGCAAGGCAGUGACGAUGACUAUAUUUGCAGUAAAGGCAGAUAUAAUUCAUGUACUAAUGAAAAUAUCAAUAUACGCCACAUUGACAGUAAUAAUACAUAUACUAAUGAAAUUAACACUCUUAGAAGCAAAUACAAGAACAACGUUUGCCCCGACGACAAUAACAAUGCUUUCAUCCAUGACAUAAAUAACAUCUGGAUCGAUAAUAAUAACAGCGCUUGCACCAAUAAUAAUAAGAAUGCUAUUUGCACCGAUUACAAUAACGAUAUUCGCAGCAGUGAGAACAACGAUGGUUACUGCAGUAAUAAUAAGGCCGCCUCAUCCGCACUGCAUACAAAGACGAUAAAUGGUAACGUCAGUGCGAUUUCGGCAGCGGCAGAUGAAGGGGAAGGAAAAAAGGAACUAAUGUUAAAUGUGGAUCAUACUAAUGGUAAGAGAAAUUUUUUUGGUAACAACACAUUUUUUUAUAACAAUUCAUCUUUUGUAAGUAUACAGCAGAGUGUGAAGGAUAUACAAAAUCCCAUGGAUAUACAAAAUGAUGAAAAUUCGAAAAAAGAAAAAGAGGAAUAUAAAAAUAUUAGUAGUCCUAUUAGAGAAGGUAGUUAUAUUCAAUCCCAUAGAAUAGAAGACAAUAUCAUUUUAGAAUUACAGAAUGAGCAUAUGAGUGAAAAAAAUUUUGAAAAAAGAAAUAAGUCGCAUGAAGAGAAAAAAGAAAUAGUAGAUUCGAUAAGUAAAAAAAUAUACAGUUUUGAGAAGAUUAAAUCUUUUGUUUCAAAUAACACUUUUUUAAAAGAUAAGAAAAGCUUACUUAUAGAAAAGAAGUCUCAGCUAAGCAAGGAAGUAAAUUUUUUUUGUUCUAAUUAUAACGUCUUAUUGUGUUUCAUUUUAUAUAUAUUAUGUUUUGGAUUAAUAUUUUCUUCAUUAUUUUAUGAUUCUUGGAAAAUACAUGAUUUAGAAUUAAAAUCAGUCAGUAUGCUAAAGAAUGUACAAGUACAUAUAGGUGCAACGACUAUACGAAGAAUACAAAAACUUUCAGACAAAAAUGGGGAUGUAACUCUUUCUAUUGAUAAAGAACAGCAAAUGGAUUCAUUAAUAAAUAAUAAUUUAUGUAAAGCUAUAAGUAUAAAUGAACUGGAAAACUUUUUACUUGACUUAGCUUAUAAAAAUAUGCUAAAAACAGUACAUGAACCGAAUGAUAUAACAAAAAAAAUAAUAACUGAUGAUUAUUUAAUGAAAGCAUUAAAAAAUCCUGGAGAUGUUGGACUACUCAGUGACGAAAAACUUGUAUUAACACGUAAAUAUAUUUUCGGUCCUACAAUCUAUAAUUUAGAAUGUAAAUUUUUAGAAAAAUUAAAAAAGGCAGGCUCUUUUCAUAAAAUUCUUUUAUUUGUAAUAUUGAUAUUUCUAUUAAUAUCCAUCUGCUUAUUAUUACAUAUUAUUCUACAUUAUAAGACUGUGCAGAAUAUACAAAGAUUUAAAUACAUUUCUUUUGUUCUGGUAAAUUUGGCAUUAAUAACUCUAAUUUCAUCUGUUUUUUCCAUAAACCGUGUAUAUAAUAUUCCCCUAUGUGUUCAGAGUGAUGGAAGCUCAGAUAUAUGUAUUGAUGGGAAGUCCAUUCAUUUAAUUCGUUCAUCUAUCAUCUUAAUAAUUUUUUCUAAUUUAUUCUUUUGCAAAUUUAUAAAUAUCGUGCACGGUAAGAGCAGUACGAUGGAAGAGUCAAUCGUCUAA